CACAUCCAGUUUGGCCCUGUGGCACUAAAUAAUGAGAUAAAAGCUAGAGUAGAAUGUCUAAUAAGCAAGAACCUACUAAAAUGAAAUAGCAAAAUGGAAGUGAUAAACAGAGAAUAGGCCUCUACCUAACAUGGGAGAAGGAACUAUAAAACAAACUACACAAUUUAAUAUUAUUACCUAUUCUAGUGGCGGAAUAAUUCAUUUAACAAAUGAUGUUAUUAAUGAGUCCUGAACAAUAAAUGAUGAUAAACAUCGUUUUAUUUGUAGAAUAUUCUUUUCACGAUUGAUUUUAGUCUCUCUCUAGCAUAUAGAGUUGAUAAUAAAUCCAUAACUUACCUUGAAUAAUAAAAAGAUACUGAGGACAAACAAUGAAAUAAAUUGCAGUGACAUAUUGACAGUUCAAUUGCUCCAGUCAAUAGGCUACACCCAACCAUGUCAAACUCAUCAGAUGUUGCAUCCGUUGCUAAACACUGAGCAUAUAAUAUAUAAAAAAACAAACAGGACUUGCUUCUUCAUAUAUCCUACUGCCUAUUGAGACAUUGCAAGGACCAGGGUUUCGUGAAGAAAUAUUGCGAAACACUAAGUAGGCCUACAUAUAUUUGCAAAAGAUAUACUAUUUUAAAAUUAGCCUAUAAUAUGUUACUUAAAUGUAUUAUUUAAUUCACGAUCCGUCCAAAAAAGCACCAUCUCCGAAUUGUGCUUGAAAAAACACAUUUUGCAUAACCUAGCCCUCCUUUGUAUGUUUGACAAUGCCAUCACAAUUAUGUUUAAACAUACUUGUUCAUUAUAGCAACUUUACUCCGAUACCAUAAGCAGGAAAUCAAUUCUGCAAAUAUGUGUAAGGCUAUAUAUAUUAUUUUUUGUAAAUAAGUGUUGUAAUUUGUUGUAAGCACGAGGGUCAAUAUGCAAAGCGUUUUGUUUGAAUCAUAUUUUCCUAGCAGUCUGGGGUAAAUAACAAUGGAGUCUACAUCAUUGAUGCAAAUGUAUUUUGUGCCAACAUCUAUAUAUUUAGAUAGUAAAACAACCGAACGCAGAAAAUGUUGUUUACGUAUCCUUUGUCGGCUGUCUCACGCCAUUCGUGACCAUUUUAAGAGGUUGCGAAUUCGUAGGAAUUUCUACAUUAAUAGGUGUGGCUAUUAUAAUUAUCGUAUGUUUUUGGACAAUUGACAAGAAAUUAUGCCAAUAAGCCAUCUCGUAAGAGUUCUUGUGGGAACAAAAAUGUUUCUUCUUUGGCAUCACUGUUAAGAAAAUGUUUGCACCUCAUUAUUUUAUUUUUUUAAAGUGAAGAACUCCUUGAAUAUUAAAAAGCAUCUCAUAAGUAACAUAUCACCUCGCAUGUAUACGGUAUAUUAAUGUUAAAAGGAACAGAAUACAUGAAUUGACGGAUAAUUCACCCAAACAGGAAAAGGGCGGAAUGCGCUUACAUGAGCCUUACUUUCACUUCGUGAAAAUAUCAUUGAACAACAGGCACUUGAGGAGGAAAGAACAGUCUAAUGAAACAUGGACAAAACCAUUAAGGAUCAACUGAUCGACACUUUUGAUGAUCUGGUAAGCGAUCAAAAGAAAUUUAAAUUUAAACGCAAGUUGUGCGAUCGAAACCAAGAACCGCGCGUCCGCAGAGCUACGAUCGAGAAGAUCAAAGACUCUCUAGAUCUUGCAGAUCUGAUGAUAACCCAUUUUACUUCGAACGGAGCUGUUGCAGUAACACUCGAGAUUUUAGGAGCCAUCGCGUGCAAUGCACAAGCAAAGGAGCUGAGAGAGAAAACACAGCAAAUGAUUUCUGUAGGCACCCCAGUGGCUCAACCUAAUGAGGUCGACCUAAAACCAUCACCAAAUGAUCUGAAGACUGAUGACUAUCUGUCAGAUGACUAUCCGGAACAUUUUACUCCAAGCAGCCUAUCGUUUAAAGACAAAAUUCUCAAAGAAAAGGGCGAGGAGGUUUACAAACAACUGGAUAAGUCCAAACGAAAACGCUUGGCCCUGGUUAUUACCAACAAAAACUUUAAGAAGACGUCUCUGAAUAGAAAAGGUGCGGAGAAAGAUGAAGAGAGCAUGGAGUGCCUGUUACGGCAGCUGGAUUAUGACGUUGUGAAACAUAACGAUCUCUCUGCUAACCAAAUGGAUGAAGCCAUCAAGAACUUUGCUCAACGAGAUGAACAUAAGAAUUCAGACAGCACCUUUGUGGUGUUAAUGUCCCAUGGAACUCUGGGUGCCAUUUCAGGCAUCAAUUAUGAUGAGAAAGACAAGGACGUCUUCCUUAUUGAAAAAAUCUACAAGCAUCUGAACUCAGCGAAUUGUCCAGCUCUGAUUGAUAAACCAAAGGUUAUUCUUAUCCAAGCCUGCAGGGGAGAGGAAAAUGGACGUGUUUGGGUCAGUGAUGGAGUGCCUCAGGAGCCAAUGGGAAUAGAGGCAGAUGACUUUGUGCACAAAGAGAAAGAUUUUAUCUCACUGUUGUCCUGCACCCCCGACACCAAAUCCUACAGGCACAUUGAGUUUGGAACAUUCUAUGUCCGGAGCAUACUGAAGGUGUUUAGGAAAGAUGCACAUAAGGAUCACAUUGAGUAAUUGUUCAGGAAGGUUAUGAGAUGCUUUGAGAGUGAUAAACGUAUGGGACACUUAAAACAAAUGGUGUGUAAAGACAGAGCAACACUGACCAAACACUUCUACCUUUUCCCUGGACUCUGAAGGCAUACUUCAUUCCUCUGUGAAUUAUAGGUGGCAUAUGUAGUCUUCGUGUCUGUUGUACAACCAACCUGAACAUGCUUAAGUUACAGUCCUGUUAUGGCUGAAAAAACAGAUUAUUUUACAAACAAGAGAAAAACUAAUUGAUGAUUGUUCUGUCCAGUUUGUAAAUAGGACUGUUUGUAUGUUUCCCACAUAUGAUUAUCAUAUUAUUUUAUCAUUAUGAUUCAAAUGUUUCUAAUAAAUUGAUAACAGUUAUGUUGCAUACUAAGAGGCAUUCCUCACAUCAACCAUGUUUGCAAGUUAAAUUGGAAACAUGCAGUAUGCUUACAUUAUAAACGGAAUAAAGAGUUGUCACAGAUAGAUGGGAACAACUUUUGUUUUAAGAUGCCUCCUGAAAGCAUGAACGAGUGAAACAAACAUUUUAUACCAAAAAAGGACAAGCAAUUGAGUUAUGUUAAAAACAUGCCGAAUAUGUCUGUGAAUCAGAAUGCAAAGAUCACGUUUGUGUCCUAAUUUAGGUGAAAUUCCUGUGACGCAUGAAUUUUUUCACAGUAUUCCUAUAUGAGAUUGUACUGUUGGCUUCAAGCGGUCUGUUGCCUCCAGGUGCAGGGGCGUAGUUUAUGGGGGGGUGGUGGGGAGGUACCCCCCCAAUAUUCAAAUCCAUCAGUUACAACCCCUCCAAUAUCUCAACAUGAAAAUCAAAGUAGAUCAAAUGAAAAAUAUGUAGAAUUACUUUAUUUUGUGACAAUAAUUUUGUUCCUAAUCAAAUAUGAGUUUGUCAUAAAUUAGACAAAAAAUACUCCCCCUCCAUUGAACCGAUUGGUAACGCCCAACCAACGAGUCGCACUUUCACCAAAACAACGCGAGUGGUGUUUGAAUGGGAGAGCACACAGGUAAUUUAACGUACGCCAAAAAUGAAGAGACGCGCUGCACAGCGGACUAUAUUUAACUGCUGGUCAGAGAAGGAUGCAAAAAAAAUAAAGCAUGUACUGAGAAUGAGGUAUGAGAAUAUUGUGUAAUAAUAGCUAAGUACACACCAUAUAUGUUAGCUAGCUAAUCCAUUGAAAUGUAUUUAGCUAUAACUAUCAGUAUAACAAGUUACCAAAGCAGCCAUCUGUUUUAUUAGUUCAUUUUUCAAUAGUGUCUGUAAUUAUCAAUGACAAAAGUAUUCACAUUGAUGUUUGUUUUCUUCCUAAAAUAAUCUGACUUUUGAACGAAGUGGAUGAAUGGUCAAUAAUCCGUGUACGUUUUAUUCAUUUGAUAUCCUAUAUUAAAUAAAUUAAUGGAAACUGAAAGAUGACUCGUUUUUUCAUUUUUCGUUUAGUUCAACAAACGAAAAAUUAGAUUUCGCCCCGAUUUUUCAUUUUUCGUUUGUCGUUUAAAAAACGGAUUUCGGACUCAAUAUGGGAUUCGUACAUGUGGGCGGUGCUGUAACGCCCCUUUCACCCAAUUGGUCAAAUCGCUCACCAUCCUGUACGGCCUUAAUUCUGCCAGGCAGAAUAAGAGUCACCUCUAGUCCUUCAUUUUUAAGUUAUUGCAAGUAUGUCGGCGCGAACCACUGCUUAUUGUUAACAGUGCGUGAUAUUUAAGCAGACAUAUCUGUUGCAAUGUACGACAUUUAAGAGAUGCAGUAUGCUGAAUACCAGGGGUCUCCAACCCUGCUCCUGGUGAGCUACUCUCCUUAAGAUUUCAGCUCUAACCCCAAUCAAACACACCUGGGUUGCUUGAUAAUUACAGAAAGGUGUGCUGAAGCAGGGUUGGAGCUGCAAUUUGCAGGACAGUAGUUCACCAGGUCCAGGGUUGAAGAUCCCUCUGUAUACAGUAAUUUAUGAUGAUUUAUGAUGAUAUAGUAUCUUUCCAACAAAAGUCACCCAUUACAAUAAACACUUAAAAGACACAGACAGUCAAGAAUAAGAAAUGUGACCUCUUCGAAGUACUACAGAAGGUCUCUGCUGACACGCAGACAUAGAAAACAUACAUGUGUAAUAGCAUAAGUAAAAACGUUAACAAAGAUCCUUUUUCACGGGGCAUUGCGGGUGUUUGACAGAGUUGCAUCAGUCCAGCUACUCACUGCCUGCUGCAUGCAUUUCGUCAAUUCAGCAAUUUAUGUUCCUCAAUUAUAAAAAAAAAUAGCAGAAUAACUCUGAUCCCCAUCAUCUGGACACUAUUCCCAUCACUUGUCUACCCCUUGUUUACUGUCUUAUUCCUUUGGUCUUGUUAUUUGUCCGCUGUUGAAUGUGUUUAUGGUGUUGUGCUUUUUCCUGUGUCUCUGUGGAUUAAAUUAUACCAGUUUGGAGUUUCUGCUUGUCUUGAGUGUUUGCUUCACAAACCGUGACAUCUGUAUGUAAGUGUCUCUGUCGACACCUAGGGUACUUUACAGACUCGACUUUCACCUGAAAAUUUAGAUGUGCUGGUUUUUCUCAACAAAAACUAAUCUGCUUUAUAAAUGGGUUUUUCAUUCGGUCUGCAUGAGUUUAUUCAGAAAUUGUUACAAAAUCUAAACGAUAAAACUAAUAUUGUAUUGAUGGGAGAGUCUACCCGCUACGCAAAGUCUUUUUCAGCACAUCCCAAAGAUUCUCAAUAGGGUCAAGGUGUGGGCUCUGUGGUGGCCAAUGAGUGAA